UUGUGUGUGGAAUUUACCCAGAAGAGUUGUAUGUUUGGGUCAAGCAUGUAUUCUUUAAUGCUGCUUCACCAGUGGAGUCUGGCUGUGAUCUUGCUGUGUUCCCCAGUGACCUUUGAAGGGAGACCGGCUGAUGCACUCAUUAACAGACCGAGAAGGUCGGUGAGCCACGCACAGUUGAUGAAUGACAAGAGCCGUUCCAUCCAGGAGCACAGGCGCAAAACGUGGCUACAGCAACUGCUGGAGGAGGUGCACACGGCUGGUGAACACGCUCCACCUGUGCAGAGCAGGACCCAGGGCCAAACGUCCAGUGGGAACGUUCUACACCAGAAGCCCCAAGGGGCCAGCAAGGACCUUCUAGAGAAGUUUAAUGUGGACAGAAUAGGUCCCCACCUCCCCCAGGAGACCAUCAAGGCUUCGCCAUACAAAGACCAGGACUUAAAAGUUACCACCAAGAGGAAAAAAAAGGUCCGGUUAGGCAGACGCAGAGAGAAUGAAAAGAAGAGGAGAAGAACCCCUUCUGCCGUUGGAAAUGGGCCGUGAAUGGAUGAGGACCAAUGGGACCUUUUUCUAAUGGUGCUGCAUUAAGACACUGACAAGGACUGACACCUGGCAGACUGUCUCAGAAGUCAGGGUCAUGCUUGUAUGAUAAAAUAGUCAUAUUUUUGUUUUUUGCAUACUUUCUGGAUUUUUUUAACAUGAAGUCUUAGGUCCAUAUUUAUUAGUAGGAUCUCUGCACCUGUAACUUGGAUGUCCUUUGUAUGCCUUGUAAUCUAUAGCCAAACUUGUACACAGACUGAGCAGACUAGGAAAUGUUUAUUUCCUUUGGUACAGGAACCACAUAAAGGAGGUUAAGAGAACUACUUUCUUUUGGCUCUGCAAACGUCGACCAUCUUGAACCAGGAAUUCUAAGAAAACCUUUCAGUUAAAACAGUCAUGAAAAAGAAGGUACACCCUGUUUCACACAGAUUUGAUGUUAAUCGGCAAGUUUGAGUGUAAAAAAAACAAAGAAUGUGCAGUUUAAGCAGUUUUAAAAGCAACCAAAGUAUGUAGAAAGAAGGGAAAGACAAAGAACGGGAUGAUAGCUGCAUGUGCUAGUGUGCAUGUGCUGCCCAUCUUUUCUUCUACAAAUAAAUAAAAGACAGAAGAGGCUGUCAAAGUGGAAAAAGGCCUGAAUUGUUCUAGCAGAGUGUCUGACUAGCAGGGCUGUGAGUUGUUCAUUGUACUCAUUUUUUUUUUUUACUUUAGAUGGCUCUGUUAUGCUUCACUCAGGGCAGAAGUUUGAACAUCCAGGAUGUGUGGGGUUAGGGGCUCUUUUUUGGCUCUAGACCAGUUAGUUAUGCAGUUUUGUAAAUGAUUAAUAAAUCCUUUUAGCUUUGCCAGCUUCUAAAAUUAUUUAUUUUUAACUUUUGUUAUUCAUCAAACAACCAUAGGAAUUUACUGAACCAACUAUUGCAGUAACGACUUAAGUGAAGUCAUGAGUCUCACAUUAACACAGAUGAGUUUUUGAUGCCCUCCUUACUAUAUAAUGUUGCUUAGAUAUUCUUGUAUAUGACCCAAUUCUAGCUCAGUUUUGGAAAUAUGGCCUUUAACAAUAACCUCAAGAGUUCUUUAGUAUGUAGACCAGCUUAUGGUCAGUAAAAAGGUUAAAAGUGGGCCCACAUCCAGUGGAUGACCACCACCAUGCUUGACAGCUGGUAUUAGGGUGCUUCUAUGUCCUCUGUUCGGCUGCCAUUAAAUAUGCAGUUUGGUUUUAGAGCUAAACAAAUGGGAUUUGUCCAAAAUAAAAUGAUCCAAAAGGUUAUAAGUUAACAAAUAUG